AGAAACAUCGGCAAUGCUCGUAUCGCCGGGCUUCAGAGAGACUUGAAGAUGACGAAUCAUCAAUUCUCUACGGCUCUGACUGUUACAUACGUUCCAUACAUACUCAUGGAAAUUCCAAUGAAUCUUCUCAUGAAACGAAUCGGCGCCAACAUAACUCUCCCCACCAUGGUCAUCUUGUGGGGAAUCGUCUGCGCAUGCCAAGGUGCAGUGAAGACAUACGGAGGACUUAUCGCAUGUCGUUUCUUCUUGGGAGCGAUGGAAGGCGGAAUAUUUCCAGGGAUCGUACUCUAUCUCUCGUCUUUCUACAAGCGGCAUGUAUUGCAAACUCGAUUUUCGCUCAUGUUCAGUGUAACAUCGCUUGCGGGUGCCUUCUCUGGACUCCUUGCCGCCGCUAUUCAGAAUAUGGACGGAAUAAAGGGACUCGCGGGUUGGGCAUGGAUCUUCAUUUUGGAGGGUGCGUGUACGACUGCGUUCGGCCUGAUUAGCAUGUUCUUCAUACCUGCGACUCCGGCUGACAUGCCAUGGCUCACGAGUGACGAAAAAACAAUAUAUCUACGUGAGUUGGCUGAGGAUUGGAGUGGGGACGAUGAGACCGACAUCUUCAGCUGGAGUGAGGUCUGGAGCGUUUUCGUGGACGGACCGCAUAUAUUGUUGUUGUGCCUUCCCAUGUUUCUGAAUGGUGUCAUGCUCUUUGGUCUUGCCAACUUUAUUCCAACGAUUGUUAAUGCCCUCGGCUUCUCUCCGACGCACAGUCAACUUUUGGCAGCCCCUCCUUACGCGUGCUCUUUCGUACUCAGCGUCAUGUGCUCCUAUUUCGCUGAUAGAUACAGGCAACGAGGACCUAUGUGUAUUUGUGUGAACCUCAUCGCGGCUGCAGGUUAUGCAAUCUUCCUUGGCACCUCGAACAAGCACGCAAACUAUGCGGCUCUGUUCCUCCAGAUAGUGGGCGUAUAUUCGACUGCGCCCUGCAUUGGAACAUGGAGCUCUAACAACGUCCAACCGCACUACCGUCGUGCGACUGCCAUCGGAUUGAACUUCAUUUGCACGAACAUUGGAGGUACACGCUUUCCUCUUUGCGCCAUCACCUUCCCACAGCUAUCCACUACUGACGUGCAAACCCCUAGGUAUAGUCUCUACAUGGAUCUUCACUCACCCCCCGCGGUUUCACGAUGCGUCCGUCAUCAGCUUAACCGCCUCGCUCGGCACGGUGUUUUUCUCCGGAAUCCUGAUGGCCUACCUCAAGUGGCGCAACGGAGUGAAGCUCGAACAGGUAGAGCGGUUGACGAGAGAGAAUGGGGAAGGUCUGGAACCUGGAGGAUGGAAUUCACAUAG